ACCGAAGCUAGAUCCAUAGCUCCUAAUUCCUAAUUGCUGAAGAGCACUAAAACAAAUAUAACGCGCAUUAUAAUAAGAUCCACUAUAUUCAAUUAAUACCUUCCGAGCCGCAAUUAUGUCUAAGAUAGUUGAAGACGUCAAAACUGGCCUUAAGGGCGUUCGCGGAGCUGGCGAUGCGAUCCGGGGCGAAUUUCUAGACGCUACCGACCAAGCAUUCGACAACAAUAAAAACCACCCCCAGACUCAAGCUUCUCAGACAAAGAAUCGCACACUUGCGGAGAAGGGAAAGCAAGAUCUUCGAAACGUGGACGAGAUGUUUGCGCGACGAGAAUGGGAGCGCAAGGGUGUGUCGGGUACUGGACCUGCUGGACAAACGGAAGCUGUUCCGAUGCAACAAUCCACCACUACCGCUGGCUCGAACGUGCCGGCCUCUACUGAGAGUGGGAACGGGUUACGAGACGAGGCUAGGCAAGAACCGGUAAAGCAGAUUUGAGAAUUGCGGAUCAUGAUCAUUGUUCGGGUACCAUGAUCCUUUUCUACACUAGGUAGGAAAACCUAGUCGGCUUCGUCCCUUUCCAUAUUCCUAUCAUCUCGAGGCACUCGUUACCUAGGAAUAACAAGCAACUUAUUCACCUC